AUGAAUCUUACUAUUCACAAUACCCCCGAUGCACCACCAACUUUUUGCAACCCAAUGGGUGAGUCUUCUAUUGACGUGACGCUUUCGCGCGGCGACUUCUCGAUAUCCGGAUGGCGUGUCCCUCCGGACGCAUCCUGUAGUGAUCACCGCUUGAUCGUGUACGAAUUCAUACCAAGGGUUGCACAGGAUCCACAAAGGGCUGCCUAUAAUUUUAGAUAUAAAACUAAAGGUGCGAACUGGGCUUUGUUUGGUUCACUCUUUGUAACUCAUACCAAAGACUUCAGUCGCAGUAGUUUAUCAGCUGAGGAAAGCGCAGAAAUACUAUCAGAAACUUUCACAUACUGCGCUGAUGUAUCUAUUGGUCGCGGAUCUAUCACUAACACUUGUAGAUGUGAUUGGUGGAAUGAUAGAUUAGCCGACCUACGUUUCUACGUAGUAGUAGUACGUAGCUUCUGCUACCGGAAAGCUCGUAGAAAGUUAAACACUAUUAACAAACAUAACGUAACAGGAGAUUUGUACAAUAAUGCUCUCAUUGCUCUUAGACUUGCCAGGUCCCACUACAGAGCUGCUGUGGAAAAAUCCAAGGGAAACUUAAUUCAUAAACUUGUUGAUAAACUCGAUAGAGAGGGCCCGUGGUCACCUUUGUAUCACGAAUUUAAGGCAAAUAAAUUAAUCGACCUUGCAUACAUACAGAACAUCAAAAUUAAUAACAGAUAUACCACAGGAGUAGAACAAACAGCAGAAUAUCUAUUAGAAUCACGUGUACCUAACGACACUGAUCAUCACCGGCAGAUCAGGCAGUGGGCCAUCGAACCACCACUGUCUCCAAUGUCUAAUUUACCAGCUUCAGACGAAUUUCUCGGUAUCAUUCGAUCCUUGCCGCUAAACAAGGCUUCAGGCGAUGAUAAAAUAUCUAACAAAAUGAUAAAAGAAGCUUGUAAACUUUCGGGUGACACGAUUUUCACUGUCUUUAAACGUUGCAUUGCUGAAGGAAUAUUUCCUCGUAUAUGGCGGUGCGGUAAUAUUCGUAUAAUAUCAAAAAGUGGCGACAAGCCACCGGAUGAUCCUAAAUCCUACCGACCAAUCACAUUGUUACCAUCGUUAGGAAAGCUUUUAGAAGGUCUUGUAGUGCCCCAGCUUCUGCCAGGUGGAGUUAAAUUUCAUAAUAGACAAUUUGGAUUUACGUUGGGUAAAUCGACAACUGACGCUGUUAUAUCGGUUAGAAAGUUUGUCACAGAGUCAAAAUUUCAAUACGUGCUGGCUAUUUUCUUAGAUAUAUCUGGCGCCUUCGACAACACAUGGUGGCCCAUGCUGUUGCUGAAAUUAAAAUCACGAGGGAUAUCAACUGCGACAUGGGGUCUAUCAUUUAAUACAUUAAAGAUCAUAUACGGAGCUACUUAUUUAGGUUCUAUGUGCUAUGGUGCACCUGUAUGGGCCGAUAGGGCGACCGUAGGCGCUGUCCGUCGCAAACUGUUACAAGGCCAACGACUUGCACUGAUAUUCCUGUGUAAGGCAUAUAGGACGGUUAGCACUGAGGCUUUGCCGGUGUUGGCGGGUGUGCUUCCGGUCGAUCUCGAGGUGCAGAGACGUGCAGCCAUGUACUAUUCAAGACAACAAAACAUGGAAUGCGAUUUUUUGGGCGCGCGGGAUCGCGGUAAAAUUACAAGAUUGCUUCAACAGCAGCCCGAUGUCUAUAAUGACCUCAUAGACGAAUGGCCACAACGCUGGGAUGAAUCAUCCAAGGGGCGCCAUCUUUACCAAUUCUUUCCAUCUGUUCGCGAACGGUUGUCGAGGAUAUGGCUUGAGGUGGAUCUCUGUGUCGCUCAAUUUCUUACGGGUCAUGGUAACUUUAAGAGCAAGCUUUAUCCAUUUAAAUUAGUCGAGUCACCAUUGUGUCAAUGCUCAACACCUAACUCUCACUAUGAACAGUCUGCUCAUCAUAUCCUCUGGGAAUGUAGUCUUUGGUAUAAUGAACGUAAUAUAAUGCUGAAUAGCUUGCAGGUGACAUCUGGGGCGGUAUACUAUGGGGAUCUUGUGUCAACUAGGGUGAAUUUCCGUGCGUUUAGGCGCCCUGAGGUAAUCUCGUGUAUUUCUCCGCUGGGUAAGCCGGUGAGUAGACCGCCUGUUACGUGCAGCGGUUACACCCAAUACAAUGAUAGGAUAAGGAGCGCUUUGGAGGAUGCGAUUCUGGAAUACCGAUAUUUAAAUUGCAAUGAUAGGCCCCGGUUAUUCCGUUUGCCCAUUCAUAAAAGAAAUUUAGCGCUGGUGGGUGCCCUGGAUUCGUUAUUGCCUGAAUAUUUAGAUAAUAGCGAAGAUCUUAGUGAUACACAUUCUAUUCUAUACUGUGCGGCUAUUGCAGUUUGUCGAGUAGCUGGUGUUAAAAUAGCUGACAAUGUCACUACUACUCGACCUAAAUCUACUGUACCAGCUUGGCAGUAUAGAAUUGAACGUCGUAUUGCUGAGACCAGGACACUCAUCGGUAAGCUUAUUAGCUACCGAUCAGGGAAUACGCGGCCGAGAGUGAUGCGCUUUGUGAAACAAGCAUUCUUGGGGACUACGAUAAGUCCUCAGCAGUACAUGUCAUGUGUCACAGAGCGCAUAGACUUUCUAAAGCAGAAAAUUUAUGCAUGA